UUUUAAGAAAAUAGAAAAAAUUAUCCAAACCAAACCAGAGAGUGAGAGAGCUGCAGAGAAGAAAAUGGCGAGCCUAUCACCUUCUUCAUCUCCGCGACUCCCAAACCCAUUCCCACUCUCAUCACCACCCAAAACCCACAACCCCAAACCCCUCCUUUCCUUCCCCACCCGAGCCACCGACCCGGAAACACCCCCAUCCGACCCGGCCCCAGAACCCGGCUCCGACUUCGACGACCGUCUCAGCCAGGUCCGGCUCCGCUACCGCAGCGGCACCGGCAAGAAAGCCGAGGCCCGGAAGACCAAGAAGUCCAAGUCCUCCGGGUCCGGGUCGUCCGGGUCCAACGUCUUCCUCCCGCCGGUGCCGCUCAAGGAACCCGUGUCGGGCGGGUUGAAGGUGGACUUCGGGUUCAGCCCGUAUAGCGAGCGGGUCAACGGGCGGGUCGCGCUUCUGGGUUUGGCGGCGUUGCUGCUGGUGGAGCUGGCGACGGGGAAGAGCGUGCUGAAAUUUCAUACGCCGCCGGUGGUGCUCAUUCAGGUUUACUUUGUGGCGGCGGCGACGGCGGUUUAUAUUAAGUAUGAGAAAGAGAAGGUCAGUGUUUGGCCUCAGUCUCCACCACUCAAAGAAUGAAUGAAUAUAUAUGUGAUUGAUUUGUUGUGUAUUGAUAACUAGUUGUGUAAGUUUGCUUCAUAUUCAUGAAAGAUCAAAGUGAAAAUUUGACAGAAAAUGUUCACAUAGUACAAGCAUGGAUUCUAUUGCUACUACAAAACCUGCAUUGAUCAUAUAUAUAUGGAAACGCUUGGCGUGAUUUUUGUUUUCGAA